UUGGCUCGUGCGAGCAUAAUUUAAGGCAAACGAAACACCAAAAAUGAUGAGACGUUAUUAGCGGCAGUCAGACAUAACCUAUCCAAGAUGAAUACGUGCGGCCAUCUCCCAAUACUCUGUGUUUUAUUGUUGGCUUUUCAUGGUGUUUUCUGUAGCGAAUUUGCCAAGAGGAAAUACGCUCUGUCGAUGUUUAAAUUUCACGACGAGAUUUCAAGUGGCGAUAUCUUCAAGUCGUUUUGGCUGAACCGAAAACAGCGAAGAAGUGUGAAAUUUGUGGGAGAUGGACAACUGAAUAGGCUUACUGCAGAUCUGACACAAACUAAACCACAAUUUGAAUGCGGCGACCGAGUCUUAACACUUCUUCUAAAGCAUGUCGAUGUGACCAAUAUCCGAUUUUAUGGACCACAUGGAGACUUGCUUCACUUGGACCAUUUGGUAGCAUUUUGUGGUGUUUCCAUCAAGAAUACAAACACGGAUAUUCGCCUGCUGUUCAACUAUGAUUCCUGUUAUAUGAGACAAGAGCAAACCAAAUAUGUAUUAUCUCUGAGCUGGUAUGGGGCAGAUCUUGACCUGACCUGUCCUGUAAGUGUGACCCCUCCCUCCAUCACGUGUAAGAACAGUGGCAUGGAAUUGACUGUUGUUGGUGAUGGAACAGCAGAUGAACUGUCAGUUGCAUUGAAUGAAGAAUGGGCACCUCUGCUUUAUGUGGCGACUCAAUGCUGGCACCGGAAGCGGUCUAACCAGGGAUAUCUCACCUUUUUGGUUCCAUAUACAAGCUGUGGCGUCACCGUCAGAGAUGGUCGUUCUGAUGUGGAAUUGAAAUUAAAAGACAAGAUGAUCACCCUGUCCUGUCCACAUGAGCCAAUACCAGUGUUUCCGGUCACUGACUCGGGGCUUUCUGUGACAAACCAACCACUGCCACAAAGGGAACCCAAUGUAUACCACAAGCCACCAACUGGAUUUCCAACAAAAGCAGUAACCAGUCAGAUAGUGGAGGAGCAAGCGUUUCCUGUUGAGCAACCGGCAAGAAAUGCAGCUAGAACACCCUCUCGACACGGACGUCCUUUGCUGCCUAGAAUACCGUCUUUGCCUGGCUCUUUUAAUCUAGCUGUGAACUUCCCAUUUUCACUUCCCAACCCAACACGGACGGCUCACAGAGACCAUUUAACAAGUAAACAUGUGACUCCUGCCCCGACUUAUGCUCCGACCACUGAUCCUACUGUUCCGAGCUCCGAGUUUAGCUCCAAUAUUCAAAAUGGACCGUCCCAUGUCUCUUAUGAGCAGAUGCAACAGGAACUUGCUGAUCCGGUCACUAAUGCUCCUAAACCUGAAUCUCACUACAUGCAGUAUCCGUAUAAUUUUGAAAAACCUACUUCAAUUCCUCAAACUGAGCCUUCUCCUGCUCCAGAAUAUCAACUUUCAAGAGUGUCUGUCCCUAGUGCUGCACUGUAUCAGUGGUAUGGGUCGGCUCAGAACUUUCCUAAACCUAAUCCACUUAAAGUAAAUCCUGCUUUUGCCAGCUUGGCACCGUAUAUUCCACCUGGUUAUUUCCUAUGCUCUUAUGACAAUCAACAACUGCAGAUACACCCACAGAUGUUUCAGCCUCCUGUUCCAAAUCAGCCAUUGCAGUAUCAAAAUCCUAGUUAUCAAAAGCCUGACAUUACUCCGCUUGCAACUGUUAAUCCUGAUACACCUCCCAUGAAAGGAUACUCGGAACAUCAACUGACUAGUGCUGUUGCUUUCCAGCCUCCUCCGUACCAGCAGUACUUUUACCAAAGAAGUUAUGGUCGUAAAGGUUCCACCACACCCUUAUCACCUACUACUCGGCUUAUUCCCAUAAAUAUGCAAUCUCAAACAAGGCCAUAUCCUGCUUCACAAGAUUCAAGACCCUUCCAGCCACAAUAUUACCAAAAGCCUAGUCAACCUUAUGGGUCAGUCCAACAGCCUUGGUCAACCAGUUACUUUCCUGUUAAAGGGUUGUCUCAAGAGUUGAGGCCAUUUGUGUCCGCUUCAAGCCAGACACCCGAGUAUCUCCAGUAUCAGACUGGUGGGGACCAAUCUCCAAAUCUGUAUCAGAGGUCUGUUGUCCAUACCCCUGGCACAGGAGUCUCAAGUCGUUCACAAUACCAGCCCAGUCAGUUUUCCAAACUCCCAUAUCCACCAUUGAGACCAGAGGUGCUUUCAGGUGAUGUUUCCACAGAAAAUACUGGAUCUAGACCUGUAGGAUUUUUACAGCCACGGUCCAAAGCUUCAAUUCCAAGGCCACCUGUGCACCUUCCUUUACUGAAAAAAGCUGAGGCACAAGUUGCACAACUUCCUUACAGUCAGGGUCCUUCAUUUGGGUACAUGCAGAAUCCUAAUAUCCACUCUGAAAGGCCAGGAGAACCAAGAAGUCGGAAGCCUCAGAAUGACACCCUGCCACUGCACCAAUUCUUCAGACGUGCAAGAAUACCGAAGGAUGUUUAUGUGCCCCCACACUUCAGGUCUACCUCAGAGAAAUAAGUGCAAUUGGCAAAAAAGGCACCACACUCUGGUCUUUUGGGAGGUUUUGUUAACUUGUUUUCAAGCUUUUGAUAAAGUGUGAAAGUGACUUCAUAAAAUUGUUCCAUUGAUAAUGCAAUAAAUAUUUCGUAAAUA